ACUUUCGGUAUAUUGGAUCAGAAGCUAUGUGGGAACGAAAAAUUAUAAAUGAAAGGCAAAACACAAAACGCCUGCAGGAGCUUUUGAUCAUGGACAGCGUAAUCAUGUAAUCGUUCUUCAGGACGGAUACUCCCACGAAGAUGAUGGAGACGAGACCGCCAUGAGGGCUAACUGCACCUGCACACUGGUCCGCUGCAGGGAUGGCACCAACAUCAUAGUGGACACAAUGACGGCCUGGGAUGGAGAGCUCCUGCGGUCGUUGUUGGGCAAUCACGGCCUGGGCGUCGAGGACAUUCAAGUCGUAGUCUGCUCCCACGGGCACUCCGACCACAUUGGAUGCAACUACCUGUUCCAGAAGGCACGGAUGCAUUUGGUUGGCGCGUGUGCCUCGCAUCGCGACCUCUACUGGGAUCUCUUUCCCAGUGGGAAACAGGACGCGGAACUAACGCUAGACUCGAAUGCCGAGGUUGUUGUUAGGCGAACGCCAGGACACACCCACAGCUGCGUUUCCGUGAUUGUUGACAACUCCCAGCUGGGAGGACGGGUCGGAAUCACCGGAGAUCUCUUCGAGCGACGCGAGGACAUAGACGAUGAGAGCAUUUGGAUGGAUGCGGGAAGCGAGAGUGAAAAGCUUCAGCGGCAGGAGCGCUGUAAAAUGGCCCAUCUGUGCGACUUUAUUGUUCCCGGCCAUGGUCCUAUGUUUGCGGUUGUAGAAACAAUGCGUUCCCAGCUGAAGAAAGACGCUGACCUUAGUGCAUAACUUUGUAUAUUUUAGAAAGAUAUGUAUAUAGCUCGAUGUGCAGAAAAACAUAGUUUUCCAUUCAAUGGUAGCUUCUAUGGCAAAUAAAUCUGUUAGCCAAUCUGAGUAUUAGGCUACAGGCUUUAAAUUUCAA